AUGAGCAAAAGGUAUGCUUCCUUGUUCCCAUCAUACAAGUGCAAGGGAGAUCACAUUUGGAUUGACUCCAGUAUUGGGGUCCCAAUUGGAGCUUGCGUGAAGAUUUCUGAAAAUGGACACUAUUAUCUGCUCGAUGAUGAUGGGGAGGACCACUGUGUCUCAGAGGGGGAGAGCGCCAGUCUUAGGCCAAUGCACCCCACUUCAGUGGAGGGUGUGGAUAACAUGAUUAGACUGGGGGACCUCAGUGAAGCCGGCUUGCUCAGAAAUCUGCUGGUGCGCCACAGACAGGGCAUUAUCUAUACUUAUAUUGGCUCUGUACUGGUGGCAGUGAAUCCGUAUCAGAUGUUGCCCAUCUACACAGCAGACCAGGUUCACCUUUAUCAUGGGCGUAAACUGGGCGAGAUGCCACCGCACAUUUUUGCCAUUGCUGACAGUUGUUACUUCAACAUGUGCCGCAAUAAGCGCAACCAGUGCUGCAUUAUUAGUGGAGAAUCAGGUGCAGGAAAGACAGAGAGCACUAAACUCAUCCUGCAGUUCUUGGCCGCUGUGAGCGGACAACACUCCUGGAUAGAGCAGCAGAUUAUACAGGCCAACCCUGUCCUGGAGGCCUUUGGGAAUGCCAAAACCAUACGGAAUGAUAACUCCAGUCGCUUUGGGAAAUAUGUGGAGAUCUUCUUUAAUAAAGAUGGUGUUAUAGAGGGAGCUCACAUGGAGCAGUACCUGCUGGAAAAGUCUCGUGUCUGUCAUCAGGCACCUCAUGAAAGGAACUAUCACAUUUUCUAUUGCCUGUUAUCUGGGAUGCCAGAAGAACAAAAGAAAAUUCUGUCUUUUGCUGAUGCAUCUCAGUUCAAGUAUCUGACAGAGGGUGAUUGUUUGCAUUGUGAUGGUCGGGAAGAUGCUGAUGAGUUCCAACGGAUCCGUGCUGCUCUAAAGAUCCUCGCCUUCUCAGAUAAGGACUGCUGGGAAAUCUUCAAAUUACUCGCUGCCAUCCUGCACAUGGGCAAUACUGACUUUCAAGGCACUAUAAUGAAUAAUAUGGACAGUUGUAACGUCCUGUCAUCUGAUCAUUUUUCCAUCACCGCCAAUUUGUUGGAGGUGGAUAAGGCCGAUCUUGAUAAUAGUCUUACCCAUCGCUCCUUUAUGACAAACAGAGAGAAAGUCACUAAACCUCUCAGUUCAGAGCAGGCCACAGACUCCAGAGAUGCUUUUGCCAAGGCCAUGUAUGGAAGGUUAUUUUUGUGGGUAUUUUCGAAAGUGAACAGCGCUAUUCACAAGCCCCAGAUAGAUGAUUCCUCUUACAUACGCAAGUCCAUUGGUCUGCUAGACAUUUUUGGCUUUGAGAAUUUCAAUAAGAACAGUUUUGAGCAGCUGUGCAUUAAUUAUGCCAACGAGCAGCUGCAGCAGUUCUUUGUGAGGCACAUCUUUAAACUGGAGCAGGACGAGUACAGUAAAGAAGGGAUUUUGUGGAAGCGCAUUGCCUUCGCUGACAACCAGAAAACCCUGGACCUGCUGGCUGUUAAACCUCUCAACAUACUGGCUCUGAUUGAUGAGGAAAGCCACUUCCCUAAGGGUACCGAUGCAACUAUGUUAAACAAAAUGAACCAAGAACACAAUGGGAACACCCUUUAUAUCCCAUCCAAGAACAACCACAGCAUGAAUUUUGGGGUUCAGCACUUUGCUGGAGAGGUUUAUUAUGAUUGCAAAGGUUUUCUGGAGAAGAACAGAGAUGCCCUGAGCAUGGACAUCAUGGAUCUGAUUCGGAAAUCUUCUAACAAGUUGCUCAGACAGAUCUUUGAGACUGAGCAGAAUAAAAACAACACCAAGCCAUCUAAAAAGAUGAACCAAAUCAUCAUAACACCAAAGAGCUCAUUACGGCAAGUAAAUGAUUCAAGGAGGCAGAUAUCGACCCUGAGUGUUCAGUUCCGUCAAUCUCUGGAUACUCUGAUGAAGUCUCUAUCUCUCUGCCAGCCCUUUUUCGUACGCUGUUUCAAACCAAAUGACAAAAAAAUGUCCAAGGCUUUUGAUAGGGAACUCUGCAUGCAGCAACUUCGCUAUUCUGGGAUGAUGGAGACCAUUAGAAUACGCAAGUUAGGAUAUCCCAUCCGCCACAGCUUUAAAGAGUUUCUGCACCGCUAUCGUGUGUUGCUGAAGACCGUAGACUGUGACCCAAACACUGAAUCUGCUGCCAAGUGCUGUGAAGCCAUCUGCAGGGCUGUAAUCAAAGACGAAGAUGACUGGAAGAUUGGCAAAACCAAGAUCUUUUUAAGGGAUUUUCACGACUCCUUCCUAGAAUUGGAGAGAGAGCAAGAGCUUUACAAAAAGGCACUUAUCAUUCAGAGAGUGAUGCUCGCCCAUAAAGACAGAGAGAGAUUUGUGAAGAAGAAGAGGGCAGCUCUGGUUUUUCAGAAGUGUUGGCGUGGCCACAGAGACCGGACAGAGUUUUUGAAACUCAAGCAAGGAUUUGCUCGGCUACAGGCGAAAGUGCGCAGUCGCCAACUUCAUAUGCAGUAUAAAAGCAGAUGUGCUGCAGCCAUCACUCUGCAGACACAGACACGCGGGUAUCUAGCAAGAAAAGACCUGAAAUGUAAAAGAGAUGCAGUGAUACUAUUGCAGGCACAGACCAGAGGACUGCUGGCCAGGAAAACUGUCACAAAAAUGAAAAUGGAUGCCUUCUUGACUGCCCAGGAAAAAGAGGCUCAGGAAUUGGCUGCAUUGGAGCUCCAGCAACGCCUAGAGGAAGUGCUCAGGCACAACGAGGAGGCUGCCAAAUCUCAGAUUGAGGAUGAUGACGAAAUACUGGAGAAUAUCUUUGGCUUCCUACCCAGUGCCGUUGGAGGACAAGAGGGCCAGGCACCUGAGGGCUUUGAGGAUCUUGAGACAGAACCAGUGAAAUUGGAAGAGGUUGAACUGAUAGAAAAUCCUGUGAGGGAAUCCAUUUCAACCAUUCCUGUGAUACCAUUUCAACUGGACACCAGCGAAGAGGAUCAAAAGGAGGAGGAAACUGAUGAGUUCAAAUUCUCUAUAUUUGCAUCUUUGAACUUCCAAGGAUCUUCUAACCACUCACACAUCGGACAGAGAUUACGUCAACCCUUGCUAUAUCAUGAGGAUGAGGGAGAUGCCCUUGCCUGUUUGACAGUGUGGUGGAUAAUACUAAGAUUUAUGGGAGAUCUUCCGGAGCCGAAGCAAGAACGUAUGUCUGCUAUAUCUGACCCCAUCCAGAGGAACCUUGGUCAGAGACAAGCACGAAGACUCAGUAACCUUGUUGGAUUAGAUCAGAAAAUUUUGAGAAAAAAAAAUAAGCAACAGAAAGGAACUGGGACUAGGAGGAGAAAACACUCAACCAUACCAGAAGAAGAGGCAGAAGAAGAACCAACACCUAAAAUGCAGACUGUUGAGGAAGAAGAGGAUGUGCUGUUUGGAGAAGGACCAACUUUUGAUCGCCCAAUGACACCCUUGGAGAAAUUACACAUUAUUGUGGGAUAUGCCAUUGUUCGACAAGAUAUAAGAGAUGAAAUCUACUGUCAGAUCUGUAAGCAGUUAACUGACAAUAGGAGCCAGAAAAGUAUUAACAGAGGCUGGGUCCUUCUGUCCAUCUGUCUGGGUAUUUUUCCCCCUACUGAGAGACUCACUAUGUAUUUGCAGAGUUUUAUACGGCACGGGCCAAUUGAAUAUUCCUCCUACUGUGCAGAGAGAUUGCGGAGGACUUUAACCAAUGGAGAAAGAAAUGAACCACCAUGCUGGAUUGAACUACAGGCUGUGGAGACCAAGAACCCUGUGGCAGUGGCUGUGGGUCUGAUGGAUGGCAGAAGCAUCAGCCUCUCUGUGGACUCAGCCAGUACUUCUGCAGAGGUGUGCAAUACAAUCAUCCAGAAAAUAAACCUGCAGGAUACCUACGGCUUUUCACUAUAUGCUGCAAUGAAUGAGAAGAUGUGGUCUCUUGGCAGUGGCAGUCAGCACGUUUUGGAUGCUGUGUCUAUGUGCGAGCAGGAAGAGAAGAGGCAGGGGAGAGAGGAACAGCAUGCUCCUUGGCGCCUCUACUUCCGCAAAGAGAUCUUCAGUCCAUGGCAUAACAGUUCAGAUGACCUCAUCAGCACAGACCUCAUCUACAGACAGAUCAUCCAUGGGCUCAAACAUGGAGACUAUCAAUCUGAUAAGGAGGAUGAUUAUGUGCAGCUUGCAGCCAAACAUUACUAUAUACAGCAUGGCUCCGACAACAGUUUGGAAACGGCACAGAAAAUUGUUUAUGAGUGUAUGAACUUAAGUCUAAUUGAGAACAAGUCUUUGGCGAAACUGGUACAACUGGUCAACUCGGCGCACACACAGGGUCCUUACAUAAACACGACUAUGCCUACUGACAAUGUGAAGGCUGAGGUUGUCCAAUAUGCACGCAACAACUGGCCAAUCUAUUUCUCCAAGUUAUUUGAGGCUUCCGUGAUUUCAGGUCUGCCAUUGCCUCAAGACCAGUUUGUGGUAGUCGUGAACUGGAAUGGGGUCUCCUUCCAGGAUGGGAAAGAACCUGCAUUUCUGCACCUUUCAUACCCAGAAGUGUCAAAAAUCGAAAUGCAUAGUGAGGACAAGUCUGUUGGAAUUGUGAGUUUGACGACUCCAAGGGGGGAGUAUGAGCUGAGGAUUGUGAAGGCAAAGGAGUUGGUGGAGCUGGUCAACAUGUUCCUCUCAGGGCUUAAGGAGAGAUCUGUGUACGCUGUGGCAAUGCAGGACCAAGGCAAACAAGAGGACCCCACAUUCCUGAGCUUCAGAAAGCGUGAUGUGCUGUAUAUGAUUAAGGAUGGAGAAUAUUCUCCUGAAGGAGGCUGGAUCAAAGCAAGGAAUGAGAGGACAGUUCAAACCGGUGCUGUUUCCUUAGAUGCUAUUCAGAUUCUUCCAAUCCUGACUAAGCCCACUGAAGAAACACUGAAUUUGCUUAAUCUGAACCCAGCAAGGAGAAAGUCAUUGAUGCCGGUUUUACCGCAAAAGGAGGACUUCUCGGAGAGAGUAGCAAUCAUAACACUCAAGGAGUUCUCUUUUGAUUAUUUCAGGCCGUCAGGUAAAAGCAAAGGAGGGGCCAAAGAGAAACUGUGGGCCAUCAGCAAAGAGCCUCUCAAACAGCCACUGCUCAAGGAUCUCCAGGGCAACUCAGAGCUUUGCCACCUUGCUUGUGACUCCUUUACAGCUAUCCUUAAAUAUAUGGGAGAUUAUCCAGUCAAGCAUGUGCGUACACCUAUAGAGCUAACAGACCAUAUAUUUGGCCCAGCAACAGAGCACUUCCAACUAAGAGAUGAGAUCUACUGUCAAAUAAUGAAGCAGUUGACCAACAACAACAAUGGGUUGAGUAUGGAGAGGGGUUGGCAGCUGCUGUGGCUGUGCUGUGGUCUCUUCCCUCCAGGUCAAUCGUUACUGAGGCAUGUUCAGCAUUUUCUGGAGUCCCGACCCAGAGAGCCACUGGCAUCUGCGUGCCUGCAAAGAAUGCAGGCUAUGCUCAGUAUUGAGAGCCGGAAGUUACCUCCUCACCAGGUGGAAGUAGAUGCCAUUCAGAACAACAGCUCUCAGAUUUUCCACAAGGUUCACUUUCCCAACGAUUCAGCUGAAAUAUUUGAAGUGACCACCACCACAAGGAUCAGAGAUUUAUGUCGCAUGAUUGCCAAAGAUCUCCUCCUCUCCUCAGCAGAUGGAUACAGCCUAUUUGUGAAAACACCCAACAAGGUAGUAAGUAUGAAUUCUGAAGAGUACUUUUUUGACAACCUGAGGCAACUCACAGAUGUUGUCAAAAAAGGAAAGAAAGUCAAAGAGGGUACUCCAACUAUUGUGCCCUACCUGGCACUCUUCAUGCGGAAGCUCUGGUUUAAUGUAAUCCCUGGGAAAGACCUAACUGCUGACAUGACCUUUCACUUUCCCCAGGAGCUACCAAAGUAUUUAAGGGGGUACCACAUUGUCUCUAAAGAUGACAUGAUCACCCUUGCGGGGCUGCUGUUCCGUACUCGGGUAGACUCGGAUAAGUCUCAGUUUAUCAUGAUCCCUAAGAUGCUGAAAGAUCUGGUACCUUCUGAUCAGCAUAGGAUCAUGUCUGCUGAGGACUGGAAAAAGCACAUCAUAAAUGCAUACAACAAGCAGGCAGGUACAACAGUCGACGAAGCCAAACUCCAGUUCCUGAAGGUGAUCUCACAAUGGCCCACCUUUGGAUGUGCUUUCUUUGAAGUAAAGCAAACAUCAGAGAAGCGUUACCCCAGUAUUAUUCUGAUUUCUAUCAGCAAGCAAGGAGUUAACCUCAUCGACCCCAAAACAAAGGAAGUGCUUAUCAUGCUUCCAUUCAGUAAGAUCACUUCCUGGUCUAGUGGAAAUACAUAUUUUCACAUGUCCAUUGGCAACCUAGUGCAGGGAAACACUCUACUCUGUGAAACCUCACUGGGUUUUAAAAUUAGCGAUCUCCUGUCCUCAUACAAGGACAUGUACCUGAAUGAGAGGAAAAUGGUACGCCCCAGAAAUCAGUUGUUCACUUAAAUGUGCCAUAUCAGCAGCCUGUCAUGUAGCGUAAAUAUUUUUGGUUUAUUUCAAGCAUUGUUUUUACAGUCUUCUAGUAUCUUUGGAUAAUAAUUCUGAUAUGAAUUUUGGCUGAGACUUUAAUUUUGGUUAAUAGUUUGAGCUUUGUACUGCAUAACAUAAUUAAGAAUGAAUAAUUAAUACCUGUUUUUCAAUAAAAGUUUGAAAGGCAACACUUUUUAACAUAACAACCUCUUGCAGAGUUUCAUCAAUAAAUCAAUUAUGUUUUUGCUCCUUUCAAUUCUUCU